GCGGUCGGGAAGUUGUUGUCCUUGAGGAAUUUGUUGUAGUAAUGGAAAAAUGUUGACGUUCAGGACCACAGAGUAGAAUAACCGAGACCCGUCGUAAUCAGAAUUAAAACAUAGUUCCUAUCAAAGUUUCUUGUCUGUGUUUUUAGACAGCCACGAGGGUAACGGUAAAAUCAAUGAGUUCUGCGGACGACCGACGUAACGUCAGAGCAGGACACACACACGGAGGGGGAACGGUGAAAGGAUUUGUCCACAAAGACCGCUCUCCUCCUCCGUCCCUAAAUGACUCACUGGAGGGAGAAAUUCAGGCUUUCCUCACUGAUGAAGACCAACUCCACACUUAUGACGACCUCACUAAAGUUAACCCCGUGACCCCUACAACAGUGCUGAAAUGCCUGCAGGCCAGGUACAGUGUGAAGGUGUUUUACACACAUGCUGGCUGCACCUUGGUGGCUCUCAACCCCUUCCAGCCAAUCCCACACCUCUACUCUCUGGAUGUGAUGAAGGAGUAUCACUGUGCUCCUCAGCCUCAGGAGUUCAAACCUCACAUCUUUAUUGUGGCAGAGGAGGCCUACAGGAACGUUCAGGGUCAGCUGGAGCCAGUGAACCAGUCGCUGGUGGUCAGCGGUGAGAGCGGUGCAGGAAAGACGUGGACGUCUCGCUGCCUGAUGAAGUACUACGCCACGGUGGCAGCCUCCUCCUCGGUGGUCAAGAGUCAGCACACGGUGGAGAGGAUAGAGAAGAGGGUGCUGGACUCCAACCCCAUCAUGGAAGCUUUCGGCAAUGCCUGCACGCUGCGGAACAACAACAGCAGCCGCUUUGGAAAGUACAUCCAGCUGCAGCUAGACAGGUGUCAGCUCUUAGUGGGGGCGUCUGUGCAAACAUACUUGCUGGAGAAAACCAGGGUCGGCUGCCAACCGGCUAACGAGAGGAACUUCCACAUCUUUUACCAGAUGAUGAAAGGGGCCACAGAUGAGCAGAGAAAGGAGUGGGAGAUGCCUCGCGGCCAACGUUUUGUGUGGCUGCCGAAUGCUGAAAAAACAGUGGAGGAGGAUUGUUUUCAUGAGACUGUUGAGGCAAUGGUGCAUCUGGGCAUUAACGCAGAAAGGCAGAGACAAAUAUUCACAAUCUUAGCGGGGAUUCUGCAGCUGGGGAAUGUGAAUUUCUCCUCUUCAACGGAUGAAUCACAACCUUGUAACCUAGAAGAACAGUCUAGAGACUUCUUGCAGAGGGCUGCUGAGCUGCUGUGUGUCCCUGCAGAGGAGCUUCAGAUGUGUCUAAGAGUGAGGACUCUGAAGGCGGGGAAGCAGAGCGUGCUCAAACCCUGUUCCCAGGCAGAGUGCAGCAUGAGGAGAGACUGUCUGGCCAAGGUCAUCUACGCCCAAUUAUUUGAAUGGCUGGUUACAUUCAUCAACAACAGCAUGUGUGCAGACAAAUCUACAUGGUGCAACUUCAUAGGAGUCCUAGACGUGUACGGGUUCGAGUGUUUCCAGAUCAAUAACCUGGAGCAGCUGUGCAUCAACUACGCCAACGAGAAACUGCAGCAGCACUUUGUGGCCCAUUAUCUCCGAGCUCAGCAGGAGGAGUAUGUGUCCGAGGGGUUGCAGUGGUCCUUUGUCAAAUACCAAGACAACCAGAGCUGCCUGGAUCUGAUAGAGGGGAGUCCUGUCAGUGUGUUCUCUCUUCUUAACGAGGAGAGCCGUCUGAAUCGAGCCUCAGACUCCAAGAUGUUCAGGGUCCGUUUGGAGAAGGAGCUCUGCGACAACGUCAACAUCAGCUGGGACAAGUUCAGCAAGGUGCCGCACUUCACCGUGGCCCAUUACGCUGGCAAAGUCAACUACCAGAUACAAGGCAUGGUGGAGAAAAACAAGGACCCAGUGCCACCAGAGCUCAGCAGCCUGCUUCAGAAGUCUGGAAACUCCCUGCUUCACCAAAUAUUCACUGACAAGGAAACUGAGAAUCUGACUUCCAAGGGGCUCAGUAAAGUCACUGUGGUCUCCAAGUUCAAGAACUCCCUGGAGAGCCUGAUGAAGAUCCUCCACGCCACGACUCCUCAUUACACUCGCUGCAUCAAACCGAACCCAGACUGCAAACCGCUCACCUUCAAAAAGGAGGAGGUGAUCAUGCAGCUGGAGGCCUGUGGGAUCGUGGAGACCAUACACAUCAGUGCUGCUGGCUUUCCAAUAAGAAUUCCUUUUAGCAGCUUCCUGCAACGUUACGGACUGAUCGCAAAAUAUUCAAAGUUCAAGUCGGAGGCUCGUUGUGUUGAUUUGGAGGCUGACAGUGACGUCCUGCAGCGAGAGGUGGAGAAGCUCCUCAGGGUGCUGCUGCAGACCCAGGCUGUAGACCCCUCGCACUGCCUGGGAAAACCCAAUUCAUGGGUGCACUGUGGAAGGACUAAAGUUUUCCUCACCCAGUCAAUGCUAGAUUUGCUGGAGGAUCAGAGGAAUAAGAUCCUAUCUCAGUGCGCCUUUUCCAUUCAGUGCUGCUGGCUCCGGUACCAGCAGCGCAGACGCCACGCCCGUCUGAAGUCUGCCAUCGUGAUCCAAGCAGCGGUGCGGUCCUGGCUGGUCAGGAGGGAGGUCCAGAGGUGGAACAGAGCAGCUACAGUCAUCCAGGACACCUGGAGGCGGUGGAGGGCUCUUUUGAAAUCUUUGGCCGAGGCAGAACUCGAUGAUGCAAAGGACCUUGUGGAAGAGGAAGUGCCAGAAUUGAACCCGGUUAUCAGGGAACGUGGCUCGGUGCAGCUCUCCAACAUCCAGGAGCCUGUCACGGUGCGAGGCUGGCCCAUGGGCCUGGCUCUGGCCUCGGCCCCGUCCAUCACCGUGUCCCUGACAGCCACGGGCUUCCAGAAGAUGAUGUCUGUGAUGGCCUCACUCAACCUGCCCUCCAGGAGAGGGGACUACAAGGUGGAGACCAACCAGUACACCAAGGGGCUCGCCUCCAUACGGGCCCAACCCAAGGGAUCCGUAAAGCUGCACUAUCAGAGAUCUCCUCUUCUCUACGCUGACAGGCAGCCAGACCAGAAGAGUGACGUGACAGGGUUCAACGAGAUCCUGCUAGAGAAAACUUUGUAAGAGAAACACUAAAGGCUGAUUUCAUGGAUCCAGAUAAAAGAUAAUCUGACACAGAGGGAACAAACCUGCUGUUUUCUGCUGCCAUUUUGCUUGUUUUUGCAUCUAACUUAGAACAGGAAGAAGUUCUUUUUGGAAGAUUGCCAAAGUUUAUCUUACUCAGUGUUAUACAAGGGUGCAAACACUUGCAAAACCUGGACCUUUGCAUAAUAAUUAUAUGUAACCUGAUAGGAAGUCAGUGUGCUACAAACUUGACUUAUUAUCCAUAAUCGUUUGUUGUGGUGUUUAGAUCAAAAUCAUCUGAAAUUCAAAAUCUCAGUCAGUGAACUGCCCUCUGCUUCAUAUAAGAUACGGCAGGUGAGAUUUUUCAACCUCUUUAGGUAAAUGUGUCCCACAUAUUGAAAACAGCGUGUGAGUUGUCGUUAUGAUGACGUCACUUUUUUUUUUUUUUUUUUAAAUGAGUCUCGAGAACGGAAAUUACACAGCACAAUCAUAGCACCUUUUAAAAAAUGACGACUGCAGCUUUUUGUCUCAUUGUUGCGUCUCUGUAAGAUCUGACUGUUGGUCAAAGUAUUGGGCCUUUGUCAUGUGCCUUUUUAAAAAAAAAAAAAUCUACACUCAAAUGGAAAGUGGGCUGUUAGAAUGUAUUUAUUUAAAGGUGAUUAUUUAAGUGUGAUUUCAUACAUGUAUUUUUGGGUGAUUCCGCUGCACAUGACUGCAGAUGUUAACAUCCUGCAUUUAUUUUGACUGUGGUUGGUGCCGGGAAGAAAAUGGUAAUUAAGCAAGUAUUGCACAUGUAAAGCACAUAUUGCACAUUAAAAACCACACACCUGCUCACUCACUGCAACAAUCAUUAACAAGCAAACACAUCACUGGUGUGAAACGGAGAAAGGAUGAACCCAGGUUAAUUCAUAUUGCUGCUUUAUAAUAUUCUCAUCAGCCAAACAUCUUUCUAUGUUGAUUUUAUCAGCUGCAGUCCAAAGCAAUGACAAUACUGUAUAACAACCAAAGUCUUUGUACACUACAGUGUUCUGUGUGGAAGAAAAAGUUGAUUGUUUUUUUAACUAACAUGUUAUUAUCUUCAUUCACAAAGCAUUUUUCUUUUUGCCAUAAAAAAUAUUACUAAACAUGAAGCAUGUAACUUAAAACUGAUGUUUAUCUUUUAAGCUUUUGAUCCAAACAUACUCACAGGCUCUUUUGAUUCCUAGCUUGUCUUCAUUAGCUCACUGAAUUAUUUCAUCUCUUUUUCUUUUUUUUUUAUUCUGCUGUACAUUCACGUCAAUGUGUCAGGAUCGAGAUGUUUUGUGUAAUGUUUUUUGUCAGGGGGACCAAGGGAUCUGUGUACAAGAACUUGAAUUUUGUUAAUAUUUAAA